UUUAGGAAGAGCAGUAGUCCGGCAGUUCCAGGUCAGUUUUUGGUGAAGAUGCUCUUUUUUGUAACCGUCCGCCAUGUUUGUUUUCUGCUCACAGCUCUGAUCUGCUGCAUCAAAGACUCUGCAGGGAUCCACCUUUCUGUCCCAGAGGAUCACCAUGUUUGCCUGCCGUGUAAUCCCUCAAAUGGUUCAGACGUGAUCUGGACUCUGCAAGACAGGAGGGUUCUGGUGACCCGACAGGGAAACUACCAGACCAACCAGGACCACCAGCGCUAUGUUCUCAGUCACAGCGACCUGUGUCUCCUUGAGCUCGACGACUCUGACGAUGGAGAGUAUCGCUGUAACCACCAGCUGGUGGCCGAGCUGCACGUGCUCAUGGGUCAUGAUUUCCAAGUGUCUGUAGGUUGGACUCUCCUGCUCCCCUGCAGAGGCUCCUUUAAACCUAAGCAAAGGUGGUUUCGACAGAAAGAAGGAGGGCGGCGGGAGACCAUCUUCACCCUCUUCAAAAACGGCACAUGGAAACCGGAAGAGAAUGAGAACGGUCGACUCAGCUACAGCAACGAUGCCCUGCAGAUCCAGGACCUGCAGCCAGAGGACGCUGGAGAGUAUCUGUGCAACGGCAUCCUGCAGGCAAAAGUCAGCGUCCAUUCAGUGCCCCCAGAGCCAACGAGCAUCCCAUCAUCCUCCGGCACGUCUCCACAGUCAGCUGUUGUGAACACAGAUGUGGUUGACUUAAAAAAGAAGACAAAUCCUGAGAAAGUUCUGCUGCUGGCGGCUGUGGCUGGUUUUGCGUUAAUCGUCGUCCUCAUGGUUGUAGUUUGUGUUUUACUGACCAGCAUGUGGAGGAGAAAGAAGAAGAAGUACAGACACACAGCCUCAAAGAAGCUGGAAGACACAGAGCUGCAGCUGUGGAGUACAUCCAGCGCUCCAACGGAAACGAUGGAUCUUGAUAGUUGCUCCCUGCCUGAAGAAGACAUUCACUACGCUUCCCUGGGCCGACAAAACUGGAGGGAGAGACCCAGCUGGUCCCCGACGAUCCAGAGCCAAGUUAUCUACUCCUCCAUCAUCACCAGACCUGCAGCUGAAGACUGAACGUUUCUGCUUCAUUUGACCUUUUUGACUCUUGUUUAGAGGCUUUCCGGUUUGCCAGAUUUAGACUC